GCGCGGGCGGCGGUGGAAGUUGUUCGCGCAGUUAUAAUUAGCCCGGCCGGGGUCCGAGCGAGCCGGGCGGAGGGAGGAAGGGGGAGGAGUGUAACUUUUCGCAGCUCGGGAAGCCCAAGGUUGUCUCUGGUUACCGCUGCCCACGGCCGCGGCGGGGGCGGGACGGCCGCAGGAAGCACCGACGCUCCUUCCACAAAGGCCAAAUGGUGGCAGGAGCCGCGGGAGGGCGGCAGGAAAGGGCUCCCCCUGAAUCCCGGCCGCUCCAUCCUGGCUCUGCUGAUCGCUGCCGCUCGGUACUUGCGACUCAUGGAUAAGCUGCGUUUUUAAUAGCAGGUUUUGCUGGGUUUAAUAAACGUGUGUUAGUCUGGGCUACGAGCAGGUGGAUGGGACUGGAGGAGCGUAAGAUUGGUCGCUGUGCAUAUUGCCGAUUGAGCUCGCGAAUAGGUGCAGUUAAUAAUUUCUGCCCUAGUUAGGCCUGGAAUUUUUCGAACUGUGUUGGAAUGCUCGUUUCUAAAAGCAUAGGUGGGAGCCUUAUGCAGUAGUUUUCCACUUUAUUUUUGAUGUGGCUAAAAUUCCAUAGUUCGGGCAGUUAACUGCAAUGUGGGAAAUUCCAUUAACAUUUAAAUGAUGCUGUAAUUUCAAAAUUCUAAAGUGACCCCUAAACACGUACUAGGAAGGGAAGACAGAAAGUAAUCCACUAGAGAUAUAAUUCAUAGUGAUUUGCAGCUACUGUGUCUUCUAUAGUUGUUUUUUUUUCCUGACAGAUUGUAAAAAUUACACCUAAUAACCUUACAUUUUGUACUUCUUCCUGACGCUUAACACAGUGUGCCCAGAAAUCAUACAGGGCAAAAGUCAAAACCUCCACAGUUACUUCUGCAGGAAUCCUUUGAAGUAUCUAAUAAAGAAAUUAAAAUUGAAAACUUCUUGACUUCAUCUCCUUCUAGCAAAAUAUUGGACUUCUAAACCACAAGUAACAGUACUAUAUUUUUUAUCCAGUGCUUCUAAUUCUGUUGGGUUCGGGGUUUUUUACCUAAAGUGCUGAAAUCUAAAACUUUUCAAGAUUUUAUCAUGCUUAGCGUUGUGAAGUUGUUUUAGCAUUAAAGAAUCCUAAAACUCUAAAACAUGUGUUUUUAUAUUUAGUGUAUAGAAAAUGCAGUGACUGCACACAUCUCCCUGUGACCUAACAAGUACACUUAAAUGAACCUCAGUAGUGACCACCUGAAGUGCUGCUGUUUCAGAGCAAAUAGGUUAUGAAUCUUCAUUUAUCUCUUUAUUGGGUUUUUUUUAUUUUCUAAUUAUUUACAGAUAGCGUGGUGAUCAUUAUACUGGGAAAGAAGUCAGCUUCGAGGAGGAGGAGGAGGGAGAUGUUAAUGUGUUUGUUGCUGUGGGUUAGGUUUGGCUUGCUGAGGUCACGGGCGUUUUACUGCUGUUUUACUGCAUUUUUACAGUUCCGAGGUUCUGUAAGCGGAGGAGCCCUUUGCUAGCAUCAGGCUAUGAGUUGCUAUGUAAGAUGAACUGUAGGCGUUUACUUGCCCGUCUGUCUGAAUUUGCCUCAUCCUACCUCGGUGGAUGGCUUGGCCUCUGGGAUAGUCCAAGACUCUUGGAUGACCACGCUUUAUGCAAAAUCCAGAAUCUUCCUGCCUGGACUCCUCUCUGUUUUCUAAGGGUUCAUGUUGGGGAGAGGCCUAAAGCGCAAGCUGAGUGACUAUGAGGAGAGCAUGGCUGGUCUCUCGAGUGCCUUUGACUCCAGCCGAGGUCUGUCCUACCCCCUCAAGAGGCAGCUGGUGCUCAACAUGUGCCUCACCAAGCUGCAGACGUACAAAAUGCUGGUGGAGCCCAACCUGCACCGCUCCGUGCUCAUCGCCAACACCGUGCGCCAGAUCCAGGAGGAGAUGAGGCAGGAGAGCAGCCAGCAGCCAGUGAGCAUCUGCCCUGGCAUUGCUCCUGCUGCUCACAGCUACCCAGGCAUGGAGGCCCCUGGCAUCUCCCUGCAGCUGCCCGCUGGUGUUGGUCAGCAGGAGUCCCACUGCUGUGAGCUGCGCUCCGUGGAGGACCCCAUUGAGAGCAGCCUGCUGAUCGUGUCAGAUGAUGACAUGUCAUCUGCUAUUUCAUCUAUUCUGAAGGAUUUAGACUUUGUGGAAGAUAUCAGCCCACCUACCUGUCUGGUUCCUACUGGAGACGACCAGCCAAAGUUUCCAGAAAAUACUGGUCUGAAACUAGAAGAUGACAGACAGGAUUUGAAGGGAGCUGAAUGUGUGUUUGGUUCCUUUGAGAUUUCAAAUUCAACCAGUUACUUGAAGGAUUUGGCAAUAGAUGACAUUUUUGAAGAUAUUGACACUUCAAUGUAUGAUUCAGACUUUUGUUGCCCUCCCCUGAUGCCGCCCAGAUCACCAUCUCUUGCUACAGAAGAACCAUUGAAAACCUUCCCAUCUUGUAAUUCUUCUUCAGCAAACAACAUUCAGAUAUGCAGAACAGAUCUGAGUGAGUUGGACCACAUCAUGGAAAUUCUCGUUGGAUCCUGAUACUUGUUUUACCCAAAGAUACUUUUAGACUGCCACUUGCAUUUGGUUUCAGGAUAAAAGCCACUGGAAUAGUUGUAAAGAAUUCUUUUAAAAGCAAACUAAAUAAUAAUUUGUCCAUAGUAGAAUUUUCUAAAUAAUUCCAAAACUCACAAACCAAAAAAGUGGCAGAUUUUAAAAAAGAAAAAAUUAUUUAUCAGAACUGUGCAAUCAUCAUUUUCCUUCCAGGGUGUAUGUGGAACAAUGGGCACAUACCCUCAUCACCCCUCAUGCCUCUUUCAAUAAACUUUUUUAUGUGCAAUUUUUAAUUUGACAGAAGAAUUUACAUGCAAAGCAAAUUUCAUAUGAGGUGAUCUUUUACAAAGCCUCCACUUUAUUUUUAAUAUCAGAGUCUAUGCCAAGCUGGCAUCUGUCAAGUUGCAGAGUUAGAUUGUGUGGAUUGCAGACACGUUCUUAGAGAUGGGUAUAUUUUAAAAAUGAGACACGCUUUGCUUUCUUUUGGUCAGAAAAGCAGAUCAAGACACUUACCAACAAAGUCUCUUGCAUUUUCUAAAGCAUUCAGAACUAUUUAUUUUUGUAAAUUUUAUAGUCUUUCUACAUUUUACUACGUUAUUUCAUCAUAGUUCAAAUAUAAUGGACUUCUAGUUGGAUGUGUUUAGCACUACCUCUGAGCUGAAAUGCUUUAACUCUUUCCAGUGCUUCAUCUGAGACUGCAAAUCUUUUUGUUUCUGUUUCUUUCUGGGGGAAAGUACUUUUAACUCAUUAAGUUGAUCCUUUGACAGUGACCUAGCUGAUUUGUGAAAUCAAGGGUAUUCAAUGUUUAAAAACUUUUAAGUAUUUACAAAUUAAUUUAUAUGUAGAUUGUGCAAUUUAACAUUUUUCUGUCAGUAUUAUGUGCUUAGAUUUUGAAUAAUCUUGGCGUUCUUUAAAUUAAAAUUUACUAUGUACAGGUAGCUUUUUAUUCUCUUUUGGAAAACACUGUCCUUCAACCCUGCUUUCACUACAGAUUUUAAGAUGAUUUUUUUAUGUGCAAUAUUAUUUAAAGAGAUACACAUUUUUAUACCUGGCAUUGGUGGGAAGAAACGCUUCAAACUUACAACCUCUAGCACCUUUGGAGGAUACUCACUCAGCCAACAUUUCUGCAUCCUUUGAGAAGCCAAGCUGAGAGCACUGAGAACACAUCACCCUGUGCUGGGACAGCCCUGGGGACCCACCCAGUGCUGGGGGCUCUGGGCUUUAUCUGGUUUUCCAUCAGGCAGGUUGGGUUCUGUGUUUCAGCCUGAACCGAGGGCUAGAUCGAUCCCUGUUAUCGUCUUCUGAGUUUCACACUUGCACAUUGCUUUUUGGGUUGGAUUUUGUUUUUAUUUUUUCCUUCUUUUUUUUUAAUUAUAAAACUUUUACUUUGUUCUUGAAAGCUGCGGCACCUAUCUUGGAAACUUGCAGUUGUAAAACCUUUGCUAUGGUUUGUUGUAUUUUUUGGGGUUUUGUUGUUCUGCUGAGACUUUUUAUGAGCAGAGUGUCGGCAGAGGGAAAAAAUGUUGCCUGUGUGUUGCAUCUCACCGAAGUUGAAAUCCUGGCCCUGUUGAAGGGGCCAGGGUGUCACCUGGUAUUUCUAGUCUUAACUGAUGCUGUGGCACACCUGCCUUGUGCAGAGAUCUCCAUUUUUUACUCCAUUUUUACUACUUGGUUAACAGUUAGCUGCCGACAGAAUUUGGUAUCCCAGGCCAAUGGAGAACCAUUUCAGGUCACAUCCUCGCAGCCAUCUGGGUUGUUCAGCAACUGAAGGGUAUAAAUGUAUUUAUAUGCAUAUAUUGUAUUGAUUCUAAUAUAAAACUUCUGAUCUAAAGCAUUUUGAAUUGCUGGAUAAAGGGAUUUGUUUGAAGAGUGUAUAACUAGUUCUUGAAGAAGUACAGCUUCAGAAUGUACACAGAUUGUGCAUUGUGUAUAGACUACUCUGGCUUUUCCUCAGCCUCUACUUUUGUAUUAAAAAUAUGACUGAAUAAAUCCUUGAAAUAUUAAGGGCCUUCUGCACUGUGAUGAAACAGAGAUGCGGUUAAAAAUGUCUUUAAAUUCAGUGAUGAGGGAUAAAAUAAAAAGACUGCAUCUAAUCUCUUUUUGCAUUUGAAAAUAUGGAAUGUUACUAUGCAGUAAAGAUAUUUUGGUAUGAAAAUUGUAUCAUAUAGCAAAUAGUGAACACUUAAUAAAUCCACUUACCUUGCAGUCUCUACAGAAACAGAAGACAACUUGCUUUUCAACAUUUAUGUACUAAAGUUUUUUGUAUACUGCAGCAAAAGAUUUAAUUGUUGGUAGAUCUUUUAUCAACAAUUCAAAAUGCAAUUUUGUACAAGUCCUGGCUACAGAGCUCUGUUUCUAAUUGGUUGCUUGUGUCACAGUGCCAAGACCAUGAGCUGGUGUGUAAUGCAGUUCGGUUAUGUUUGGAAUUAUGUGCAAAGGGAAGUUUAAUUUUUAAAUAUGCACAAAUUAAUUUUAAAAUCCUUCCAUGUAAAAUGAAGUUAGAGGCUAGUUGUGGUGGACCUAUUUAUUGUAUGUUUGGAAAUAAAAGCCACAGUUUUGCAUUUAAACCAGUUAUAUUUUGGAGCCUUUGGUAUGUGACUGUUUUAAAAACAAAGCAUAAAAAAAAAAAUCUA